CACACGGCGGCGACAGGCGCUCCGGCAUCAGCAGGGACGCUCUCCCCCCGCUGCUCCCUCUGAGCGAAGAAAAGACACAGGCAGGGAGGAGAAAGCACCAGCGAAUUCCUCCACAAAGGUCCCCCUGAAAACUCCGAUGGAUUAAUCUUGAUUUUCUGCGACAGUAGAGAAUGGGCUGUGUCCAAUGUAAGGAUAAAGAGGCAGCAAAACUCACUGAUGACCGGGAGACCAGCCUUUCGCACAACUCGGGCUACCGCUAUCGGUCGGACCCCACGCCGCAGGACUGCCGCUUCGGGGUCACCACCAUUCCCAACUACAACAACUUCCCUGCUGCGCCCACGCAGGGAGUGACGGUGUUCGGAGGGGUGCACACGUCCUCGCAGUCCGGGACGCUUCGCUCUCGGGGAGGAACAGGGGUGACUCUGUUUGUGGCUCUGUAUGACUAUGAAGCCAGGACCGAGGAUGACCUCAGCUUUAGGAAGGGGGAGAGGUUCCAGAUCCUCAACAGCACCGAGGGAGACUGGUGGGAGGCGCGUUCCCUUACUACAGGUGGAACUGGAUACAUUCCCAGUAAUUACGUCGCCCCCGUGGACUCCAUCCAAGCCGAAGAUUGGUAUUUUGGUAAAUUAGGAAGAAAGGACGCAGAAAGGCAGCUGCUUUCCAACGGCAACGCCAGGGGCACUUUCCUUAUCCGUGAGAGUGAAACAACCAAAGGGGCGUACUCUCUCUCCAUUCAGGACUGGGAUGACAUCAAGGGAGACCAUGUCAAACACUAUAAGAUACGCAAACUGGACAGCGGAGGCUACUACAUCACCACCAGGGCCCAGUUUGAGACCCUGCAGCAGCUCGUUCACCACUACUCUGCCAGAGCAGCUGGGCUGUGCUGCCGACUGGUGGCGCCGUGCCACAAAGGCAUGCCCCGUCUGACUGACCUGUCGGUCAAAACCAAAGACGUGUGGGAGAUCCCCAGGGAGUCGCUGCAGCUCAUUAAACGCCUCGGCAACGGCCAGUUCGGAGAGGUCUGGAUGGGAACGUGGAACGGCACCACCAAGGUGGCGGUGAAGACGCUGAAGCCCGGCACCAUGUCCCCCGAGUCCUUCCUGGAGGAAGCCCAGAUCAUGAAGAAGCUCCGGCACGAUAAGCUGGUGCAGCUCUACGCCGUGGUGUCUGAAGAACCCAUCUACAUCGUCACGGAGUACAUGAGCAAAGGAAGUCUACUCGAUUUCCUUAAAGAUGGAGAAGGGCGGAGCCUGAAACUGCCAAACCUAGUGGACAUGGCGGCUCAGGUGGCAGCAGGAAUGGCGUACAUCGAGAGGAUGAACUACAUCCACAGAGACCUGCGCUCUGCCAACAUCCUGGUUGGAGAUGGCCUUGUGUGCAAGAUUGCUGACUUCGGUCUGGCCAGGCUUAUUGAGGACAAUGAAUACACAGCAAGACAAGGUGCAAAGUUUCCCAUAAAGUGGACGGCUCCUGAAGCUGCGCUCUACGGCAAAUUCACCAUCAAGUCAGACGUGUGGUCAUUUGGCAUCCUGCUCACAGAGCUGGUGACCAAGGGCAGAGUGCCCUAUCCAGGCAUGAACAACCGUGAGGUCCUGGAGCAGGUGGAGCGGGGCUACCGGAUGCCGUGCCCACAGGACUGCCCCAUAUCCCUGCACGAGCUGAUGGUGCAGUGCUGGAAGAAGGACCCCGAGGAGAGGCCCACUUUCGAGUACCUGCAAGCCUUUUUGGAGGACUACUUCACUGCCACUGAGCCUCAGUACCAGCCCGGAGAUAAUCUCUGAGCGCAGCCGCUCUGCUCUCAUGUUAUCUCACAGGCUCUUCCACCAGAGGGAGACACACACCACUUCUUUUUUUUCUUUUUUUUUUUACCUCUCAUGUUACAAAGGCUCAUCAACUUCCUUCUUGACUUCCAAACUUCAUGCAAACAAGGACAUAAGGCGGACAGCAGCAAACCGACGAUCAAAUCAAAAGGAUGUUUUGGAAGUAGCUCAGAAUUAAAAGGGACUGCCGUGAAUGAACAACAUACGUUUUGUUGUGUAAUAUGUACGUAUUGUAAAUAUAAAUUGCUUGUUUACUUUUUCUUUGACUUUAUUCACUUUAUAUUACUUUUGAUAGUUUGGGGACGUGGAUUUUUCUUUUCUUUUUUUUUUUUUCUUUUUUUUUUUAAUCCAGGGUCAAAGGCGUUUCCGAAACAUGGCUCAUAGAUGUGUGACACUUGCAGCUGGUCACCAAUCUUCACAUAUAAUAACCAUUACUGGUAUAGUUUAAGUUACAUAGUAUCUCUUGAGAUUUAGUUUUUGGGACGUUCACUGACCUUUUUUUACGGGAGGGUGAGGGUACCGUACUUUCUCUUUUUCUCAAGGACUUUAGAUGUACUAUAACACCUGUUCUUGCCUUCUCAUAUUUAGUAAUAUUCUUAUAAUGCAAGGGAAUGCCUUCAUGCGUUAUGCACACUAACGUAUUGCGUCAUCCGUCAAACCCCGAACCGUGUGGCAUACAUGCACUCGUGAGUGCAUUCAUUGCAUUUCGGCUUCAGCCAGCGACUAAUAGAUCGGCUUAAAAAGUUACUUUUAGUUGAGCUUUACGUAGUUGACAAGGGGCUGAUUUUCCUCUGCAGCUGCAACCAUUGUUUAGCUGACGGCUUAGUAUGCUGAUGAUAUUUUUAAAGUGUAUGUUGCAUUAAUGUGUGGCAGCAGGCUGUGUAAAAACGUGUCCUUUUGCUUACAGAAGUGGCCAAAUAACAAACUGCAGCUGACAUGAUGAGAAUGAAGGAUGUGUACUCGUAUUUGUCUCUCCAUUGUGUGUGUUUUUAAAUAAGAUGUUCUUUAAAGGACCUUUUUUUUAAAAUAUAUUCUACCCGUGUUAUAUGUCACUCUUUUUAUUAUAAUUAUUACUAUCAUUGUUUUUAUUUCCAGGGAAGUCUGAGGCUUUGGAAACACUUUUACCAUCCUUUAAGUACCAAACUUGACCCUGAAGGAUAACAUUUAUGUUGGUUUUCAAGUCCUUAAGUGAACAAGAACUUUUUUUUUAUUUUUAUUUUGUAUCACUUCUUUUACCCUAAUUUAUUAGACAUACAGAAGGUUUUUGGUCUCGUCAUUAUUUAUUAUCUGUCUAUUCCUUGUACACAGCUGGUUUUGA